CAAAUUUUUCACGGCGCCUUCAGUGCAACCAGGAAAGAAGCUUUUCGCAGGAAAGCUGUCAAUGACGCAUCAGAAAUAUCAAGCAAGAAUGCCAUAGUUCAUUAUGCGUAUCAGGAUGAAUUCGAAUGCUUUUCGGAAGGUACUAUCCCAGCAACGACAAGCUCGACAUGCGUCUGCAGAAAGGGCUGGAAUGGGCUGGACUGCUCCAUUCCGGACGCCAUUUGGUUUACCGAAGCGUUCGAAAUUUGGUAUUCCAUGGGCCUCAUUCGACGCCGUUCGAGGCCGCGCACUGUAAUCAACGGACUGGUAUUCAACCACGAGCUAGACCUUCUGGAAAUCCGCGUAAAAGAGCUGGGUGAUGCUGUCGACCAUUAUCUCGUUGUCGAAUCUACUUACACCUAUUCCGGCAUGGAAAAGCCACUCUACCUCCGCUCGAACUUGAGUGCCGGAUUUCUGCGUGAGCAUGCGCACAAGAUUGUCCCGAUAUCGGUGGACUUCUACAACUACGACGGAGGCAAUCCGUGGGGUCCCGAGAACUACGUCCGCACUUCCAUCUGGUACGAAGGUCACCGUCGUCUCAAGAACAUCCGCGAUGAGGACCUUUUCUUCAUUUCCGAUGCAGACGAGAUACCUAGCCGAGACGUGAUUCUAUUUCUGAAAUAUCAUGACGGAUACGGGGAACCGAUCUUGUUGAGCCUGCGAUGGUUUAUGUACGGCUUCUUUUGGGAGAACAGUCUGCCGGUCAAUGUCAGUGGUGUGUGCACUGUAGCCUUUAUGCGAGAAGUCUAUGGAAACGACUCGCUGCGUCUCCGUUCGAUGAGGACCUUUACGAGGAACAACAUGUCGAACACGGGGACGUUCAGUGAAAUGUGGAUCAUACAGGGCACAUCGCCACGAUACGCAGGGUGGCACUGUUCAUGGUGUUUUGACGCGGAAGGCAUACAGGAAGGGAAAUGGAAGCGGGGUGUCAUGGUGAAGCAUCUAGCGGAUGGGAAGGCAAUGUAG